AGGUUAUAUAGUGGUUCCCUUCCGCAAAGCGCGAUAGCCUUAGCUUCCACCAGAGUCACAGCAAAAGAUGGUAUCGCUCAAACUUCAGAAGCGGCUGGCCGCAAGCGUUCUCAAGUGCGGAAGAGGAAAGGUUUGGCUUGACCCCAAUGAAGUCAAUGAAAUCUCCAUGGCCAAUUCCCGCCAAAACAUAAGGAAGCUGGUUAAGGAUGGGUUUAUCAUCAGGAAACCUACCAAGAUUCACUCACGCUCACGGGCCCGUCGAAUGAAGGAAGCAAAGAGGAAGGGACGCCACUCUGGAUAUGGUAAGCGUAAGGGUACAAGGGAGGCUAGGCUUCCAACUAAAAUCCUUUGGAUGAGGAGGAUGCGUGUCCUCAGACGCUUGCUUCGCAAGUACAGAGAAUCUAAGAAGAUUGACAAGCACAUGUACCAUGACAUGUACAUGAAGGUUAAAGGUAAUGUUUUCAAGAACAAGAGGGUUUUGAUGGAGAGCAUACACAAGUCCAAAGCUGAGAAGGCAAGAGAGAAGACCCUGUCUGACCAGUUUGAGGCCAAACGUGCCAAGAACAAGGCCAGCAGAGAAAGGAAGAUUGCUCGGAGGGAGGAGCGCUUGGCUCAAGGCCCUGGAGAAAAGCCAUCAGCUGUACCCAGUGCUUCACCUGCUACAGCAUCACAGCCAGCCCAAGCACCAAAGAAAUCCAAGAAGUGAUUCACAUUUUGAGGUUGGCUGGUAGAAUCCUUCGGGGUGGCUUCCUGAGUUACUGUUCUAAAGUAGUUUUGACGAGUUUCUUUGUUGGUUUAGACCUUGUUUAGUUUUGUUUUAAGUAUAUGAAAUUAUAAUAUUCGGUUA